GGCCGCCACCGCUCCAGGCAGCGCUCUCGGAGCGCUCGUUGCCAUGGCAGCUGGGCCCUACGGGGAGGCGCGGGGGCCUCCGGCCCCUCCAGCCUGGCUUUGCCUGCGGCCGCCGCACCGAGCAGUCGCGGCUCUCGGGGAGAGGCCGCUCCCCACAGCGCGGCGGGCCCGGAGCCUCCGCGGGCAGCCGAGCGAAGGCGCGUCGCGCUCCCGCGGCUGGCGGGGGCUGCCGUGUUGGCCGGUCGAUGCCGGCGCUGGGAGGGGGCGAGCCGCGGCGCCGGCAGAGCAGCGCCCGGGGGCGGCAGGACCGUGACUGGCGGUAUAUUAUAGGAGGAAAUUACAUCAUAUUGUCAAAUAAGGAAGAGCUAAGCUGAACGGAUGAGUUGUAUGACAAAAAUGUGCCCCUCCUAUGAAUUGCUUCUGAGAUUCAUUAAUGAUACGUAGUGGCAAGGGAAUGAAAGCUGCAGGGUACCUGGCAAGAACUGUGGAUUUCUAAAGUUUGGAGACAUUGCGGAGCAAGGCACAAUGUCAACAGCAGGAGUUGCUGCUCAGGAGAUGAGAGGUCCAUUAAAGACUGGAUUUCUCCAUAAUGGCCAAGGCAUAGGGAGUCUGAAAACCUGCUGGAGCAGCCACAAUGGGUUUGAAAAGACGUUUUUUAACAUGGAACCUAUAGCGAUGCCAUAUAAUCUGAAUCCAUCAGCACAGCAAAAUUGUACAUGUGUUGGAAUAUCCACAAUGAUCCCUUCAGCUGCAGCAACCCCUCCCAGUGACGUGCUUUUCCCCAGCCUGUCUUGUCAGGAAUUCUGGAGGUCACAGAUCUCAGGCUAUUCCGGAUCUGUCACUCGCCACAUCAGUCAUCGUGCCAACAACUUUAAAAGACACCCAAAGAGGAGAAAAUACAUCCGCCCCUCCCCUCCACCACCACCAAAUACACCAUGCCCUAUUGAUCUGAUUGACUUUGGGGAUCUCCACCCUCAGAGAUCUUUCCUAGAACUGCUGUUUAAUGGGUGCAUUCUCUUUGGGAUCGAGUUCAGCUAUGCCAUGGAAACAGCCUAUGUGACUCCUGUGUUGCUUCAGAUGGGGCUGCCGGAUCAGUUGUAUGGAAUGGUGUGGUUUAUCAGCCCAAUACUAGGUUUUCUACUGCAGCCUUUGCUGGGGGCCUGGAGUGACAGAUGCACAUCAAGAUUUGGCAGGAGGCGGCCUUUCAUUCUGGUCCUGGCAAUAGGAGCAUUAUUGGGGCUCUCACUUAUGCUGAAUGGAAGGGACAUUGGCAGCGCCUUGGCUGACACUGUGAAUAACCAUAAAUGGGGGAUCAUUCUCACAAUCUGUGGGGUUGUCCUAAUGGACUUCAGUGCAGAUUCGGCAGACAAUCCCAGUCAUGCCUACAUGAUGGAUGUGUGUAGCCCAGUGGAUCAAGACAGGGGGCUUAACAUCCAUGCUUUGUUAGCAGGUCUUGGAGGUGGCUUUGGUUAUGUUGUUGGAGGAAUAAAUUGGGAUAAAACCAGUUUUGGAAGAGCUGUGGGAGGGCAGCUCCGUGUCAUCUAUGUCUUCACAGCAAUAAUAUUGACUAUCACUACUGUCUUGACUCUAAUUAGCAUUCCAGAAAGACCACUGCAGUCUUUUAGCAAGAAGAAAAAGGUGAUGAAGAGUCCAAGUCUUCCUCUUCCUCCUUCUCCACCUCUUUUGUUUGAGGAAGGUGUAAAUGAAAAUCUCAGUUUUACAAGUCCAAUUUCCCCUUUCAGCCCACUCACACCUAAAUAUGGCAGUUUUAACAGCAGAGACAACUCCUUGACAGGAAUUAAUGAAUUUGCAUCAUCAUUUGGGACCUCAAAUAUUGACAGUGUACUCAUAGACUGCUUCACAGGAGGGUAUGAUGGCUAUUUAGCAAUCCCAGCUAGCUUGCCCAGACAGGCAAUCAGUGUCAGUUUUCCCAGGGUGCCAGAAGGUUUUUACUGUCAAGAAAAUGGAAUCCUGGACCAAGGGGAGAAUUCUGUAAAUCCAGGGCCAGAUGGAGAUGCACUAAGGGUGGGUUCACUGGAUGCAAUAAAGCCACGAUCAGUAGGGAUUCUGAAAAGGCCUCAGACCUUGGCCAUUCCAGAUGUUGUCACAGGAUAUUGUCCAGAAAGUAGCAGGAGAAGAAAUGUAACCUUCAGCCAACAGGUUGCUAAUAUUUUGCUGAAUGGUGUGAAGUAUGAGAGUGAGUUGAAUGGAUCAGGUGAGAUGUCUGAGCAAUCACUUUCCAUGAAACUUCUUUGUUCAACCAUCUGCCACAUGCCCAAGACUCUGCGUAAUCUCUGCAUCAACCACUUCUUAGGUUGGCUCUCGUUUGAAGGAAUGUUGCUGUUCUACACAGACUUCAUGGGAGAAGUGGUGUUUCAAGGCAAUCCUAAAGCCCCUCACAACUCUGAUGAAUAUCAAAAGUACAAUGCUGGGGUCACCAUGGGCUGUUGGGGAAUGUGUAUCUAUGCAUUCAGUGCUGCAUUCUAUUCAGCCGCACUAGAAAAGCUGGAAGAAUACUUCAGUAUUCGCACCCUGUAUUUCAUAGCAUACCUUGCUUUUGGACUUGGUACAGGCCUGGCUACACUCUCCAGAAAUAUCUAUGUGGUUUUAUCUCUAUGCAUAACUUACGGUAUUCUGUUUUCAACACUCUGCACACUCCCUUAUUCUCUGUUGUGUGAUUACUAUCAGAAUAAAAAGUUCGCAGGAUCGACUCUGGAUGGUACCAAGAGGGGGAUGGGCGUGGAUAUCUCUCUUCUGAGCUGCCAGUAUUUCCUAGCUCAGCUGCUUGUUGCGGUAGUGAUGGGACCCAUCACUGCGGUGGUGGGCAGCGCUAACGGGGUGAUGUAUUUUGCCAGCCUUGUGUCUUUCAUGGGCUGUUUGUUUUCCUCCCUGUGUGUCACGUAUGAGAUCCCCACCGCCGAGGCGCCGGCCGAGGAGCAGCAGCCGUUGGUGCUGAGCGUGUGAGGGCGGGAUCCGCCGGCGGAGGGGCCGGGCCGGGCGAGACCCGCUGCUCGCUACAAUAAAAGCAACUCAGACAAGCGGCGCUUGUGCCUCCUGAUUGCUCCGGGCGGCAGGUGCCGCGUGCCACUCGGGAGGCUGCCCCGGUCCCCGGGGCGCUGCCCUUAGCUGCGGGGCACGGCUGUCCCAAAGAAUUGGCGCCUCCUAUUGGGCCACCGCCCGGAUUACUCGCUGGUAGCUAAUGGACUGCGAGAGUGUUGUGACGUCACCUCUGAUUGGCUCUGAGAUUGCGUGCUCUCCCUCAAAGGGGGCGGGGCACCGGAUUUGACUGACUGUAGUGCUCCGUCUAUCGCCCCCCGUUGUCCUGUUCGGUAGCGGCUGCCCCUGCCCCGCCCCCAGAGGCUUCUCUCGCAGCGCUCUGCAGGCGCUGGUGUCGAGUGAGGUUUGCGGGAGUCUGGAGAGCGGGGCGGAGCUGCCUGCCACGGGAGUGGGGCACCCUGGGCCGCAGGCGGGUCUUAAGAAUUCAUGCAAAGUCAUGAACAAAGGCUCGUUGGUGUGCCAGGUAUAUGGAGGAUCGCAACAGAAAACCUGGUGUUUUUUAAAAUAACCAAAUAAUUUGCAUUGAAAAACAUGUUGAGUUACCUAGAAGUUUUUUCAA